AUGACAGACUUGAGAACCCAACUUUGUGACACUCCCGAGAACUACAUCAACGAUCCCAUCGUCGAGAUCCAAUGGGCAGAGAAGGCCUUCAAGAAGGCUGAAGUCCAUACAAACCUGCUUCUUUCUUCGGAUACCAAGCAUUUGAAAUUGUGCAAAGAACAGGAUAUUAUACAUGAAGCUUUUAGGAAGGAUUUCCCGGAAUUGAAAGUGACAAAUGUAAGUUUAUGAGUUGAUUUUGAUGUUUUAUGUUUAGUUGACCAUCGAAGACCUGAAAGGUGACAAUGUGACGAAAUGGAGAGAAUUUUGCAUGCAAUUCCAAGAAGUUAAGGAUUACAACUUUGGAUCUUUGUUAAGAUUGAAUGCUGAUCAAAGUUACACCAACGAAAACACUGUUUUAGUUCCACAGGUAGGUUUAUAUUACCUAUCAUGUUAUUUUAAGGUUAGAUGAAGGAAGAGCUAUUUUCUUAUGCUCUAUUAGAAAUGAUUAAGUUAGUUUACAAUCUAUAUUUUACUAUUAAGUUAUUUUACAGCCAAAAAUGUGAUUCGUAUACAUUAACAUUUGAUAUUAUUUUUCAGGUCAUAUUCUAUGCCAUUGAAAUUGCCCGAAACCUGGAAGGAAUCAACGAAACCUACAGAGAAAAAGUGAGGUUACACCGUGAAGAAUCUCUUAAAACUUCUCAAGAAGCUGUUUAA